ACACUUAAAUUAUUUUUAAAUUGCAAAUUGAAUGCGGUUGCAAAUCGAGCUGCACAUGAACGCAUUCAAAGUCAUUAAUAAUGCAAUUGGCAUUGUUUGCCUUCGAUUUUUGACCGUAUCCAUUGCCAAAACAUACAAAACUACGGCAUGUUUCUGUCUUAUGCUCAUGCUAUGUAUCUCAAAAUGCUCAUUUGUUUUCGGCACUUGAGCGGAAACAUGUUUGAAACACUCCGCUCAUUUCAUGUGUGACAAAAUAUUUUCACCUAAUUAAGUUGAUCGAAAGAUGAUGAGAAAGUGAAACCACAUCAAAUGCAUACACGGCAUCGAAAAAUGCAAAAUGCAACAGUUUGCAACCGCUGUCGGACGCACGAGCACGAUCGAACGGGCGAUCAUAUGAUUUCGUGUAUAGGCUUUUGUAUGACAUUGAUUAUUAUUUUCAAUUCGACUAACGAACAUUCGGCAAGCCAGACUAUAUUAUUCCUUUGUAUAAAAUUUUAAAAUAAAUAUUUUGGCUGUUUUUUGCGGCCAUUCGUUUGCAUUAGAAGAUUCCGAGAACUGAGCGUGUUGCUAAAAUGAUGCACGAUUACAAUGCAAUACAAUUAGAUCUAGUUCAAGGAGUACAGUGAGUAGUCAAAAGCGUGAACUGUUUUGUAUUCGAUUAAAACGAAACGAUAGUAUCACCACAGUUGAACCAUUUGCAAAACGGAACUAGAUUUGAAAAGUCACUUUUUUGUCGUUAUGAACCUUGUUCGGAUUUAGAAAUAGUGCAAGAAAACGACUUCCAGACGAGUUGGAAAAAAGCGAAAGAAACCGUUCAGCGUACAGAAGAAGAAAAAAGCAAAUUUAAUGGGUGAAAACGGGUGCCUUGAAGUGACAUCGGAAAUCUAUACGGAAACGAAUUUUCGCAGUUCAAAAACUAAAAAUGGCACGACGAUAUCACAUUUUUCAUUUGUCUACCCGGUUGACCAUUCGGAUGAUGGCGAGGUAAAGGAUAGCUUGAAACAGUCUAUUAUUGAUGCUGACGGUGAUUUAAUAGUGGAGCGUAGACGACGUGAGGUGAUACAAAUCGAACAUCAGCAAUCGACGAAUUUAUUAUUGGUAGGGCUGCAGGUGUGGCGUGGUGCAUUGCUCUUAGCUGACUUUCUGUUGCACAAUCGCUGGAAAUUCGAAAGUAAGCACAUUCUAGAGCUUGGAUCAGGCGUUGGAUUGACGAGCAUUGCAGCGGGUAUUUUCUCUAAGACUGACAUUGUGUGCACCGACAUUGACUUGGGCGGAAUUCUGAAUGUGGUUAAAUCAAAUGUGGAACUAAACAAACGCUUAAUCAACAAUCAGGCCAAAGUGAAGGUGAUGGAAUUGGAUUUUAAGAAGAGCAUUUGGUCAGAUGAUCUUAAGAAUGCCGUUUUAAAAUCGAAUAUCAUCAUUGCGGCAGACGUCAUCUAUGACAAUUCAAUCACCGAUGGUUUUGUGGAAACUCUCGAGCGCAUCCUCAACGUGAAUGACCUAAACCGAUCGAAAGAUAAAGUGGUGUAUAUAGCACUUGAGAAACGCUACGUCUUUACGUUGGCCGAUUUAGAUACGAUGGCACCAUGCUACGAAUACUUUUUGCAGCGUAUCAACGAAGCUCGGAAAACCAUUGAUUGGAAACUGGAGCCGGUCGAUAUCGAUUUCCCGCAGUAUUUUGAUUAUGAACGUUCCAAAGAGCUAAUUAUCAUGAAAUUGUAUGUGUAGGUUCUUUGUUGUUUAGCAAAAGAAAAAUUCUUGAGUAUAUUCGCUGUUCUUUUUUUAUACUAGAUUUUAAACUAAAUAAAUGUUACGUACAUA